GAUAAUUUGUCUAUGAAAAAAAAAACAUUUUGAUUUCCGAAGUUGAGGUGAUUAUUUAGUCAAAACAUGGACGAAGUUGAAAAAGAAAAGAUCGGGGCUUUGCCGUCCCAACUGCUCGUAACCACAAUAUGCCACCCAAUGGAAUACGUGAAAGUUCUAAUCCAGCUGGGCUACGAGCCCAUAGCGCCUCGGCGGUCCACCACACUCUUCGGGCGGCCUGCCCUGGUAUUACCUAACGUGUUUCAAUACAUUAAACACAUCAAGGCAUCGGACGGCUUCUUCGGUUGCUACCGAGGGUUGUCGGCGCGGGUUCUGGGGCUGGUGGCGUCGAGCCAGCUCACGUCGAAGGUGAUCUCCGGUUGCGGCAUCGAGUUGCCGGAGCUCAACGACCCUCCGAACAUUAUCAACGACGAGGAGCCGCGCGCCGAGGACUACAUGCGGCUGUGUCGCCGCGACAUGAUCACGCACACGGCGUCGGUCGUGGUCUCCUACCCCUUCCACGUCGUGUCGGUGCGCAUGAUGGCCUCCUUCAUCGGCAAGGAAGAGGAGUAUAGCACGCUGUUGGGAGCUAUAGUUUCCGUCUACAAGGACGACGGCAUCCGAGGCUUCUUCCACGGCAUCAUUCCCAAACUGCUUGGGGACUUGACCUGUGUGGCCGUAACUGGGGUACUAGCCUACUAUGUCAACAAAUAUCUGAUCAAAACUAAGGAAGUAAGAUGCUACACUGUCCCCAUUCUCACGUUCAUCACAAGCACGCUCACAUAUCCUCUUGUAGUUGUGUCUACUUGCAUGGCGGUGGCCGGGUCCAGCCUCAGAGCCGGCAACCCACCACACAUGCCAGCAUACCCCAACUGGCAGACCUGCUGGAGGGAACUGGUCAGGAGCAAGCAACACAAGCGUGGCUCCUCUAUCAUCUUCAGAUACUACAUUGCACCAAUCCAGGCAUUGCAGUAGACAUCCUAGAUCUAAUUUACUUGUUGCAUUUAUUCAAAUUUAUUUGCUAAGUGUUAAAUUCCACAUUUACCUAUGAAUUCUAUUAUAGUCAUACUUUCUAGUAGGGAGAGUUUAAUGUUAUGUACAAUUGACAUGUAAAUAAUUUAGUAUAAAUGGUGUAAUAUGUGGGCAUUCUUUUGCUAGAUUGUUGAUAAAGGUUAUCACAAUAAAUGUUUGUUUUGUCAA